AUGGUAGCAGGAGGAGGAAGGUUGCUCCUGACCAUCGUCAUCUGCGCUGGACUGAUGCCUGCAGGCAGCGAAGCUGCGACCUCGGUUAUCAUCGGCAUGGCCCAGUGCGCCAGCUGCGCCAGGAAGAGCAUGAAUGCCGAGGCGGCGUUCAAGGGUCUUAAGGUGGCGAUCAAGUGCAACAGCGGCAGCAGCGGCGCCGGCGAGUACGAGAGCAAGGCCGUCGGGGACCUCGAUGGCACGGGCGCCUUCGCCGUGCGCCUCCCCUCCGACGUCGACCUGCGUGGAAGCGCCCAGUGCUUCGCGCAGCUCCACAGCGCGGCGAGCAGCGAGCCGUGCCCCGGGCAGGAGCCGUCCAAGAUCGUGCCGCUGUCCGACGAGGGCAACGGCACCUUCGUCGCCAUCGCCGGCAAGACAAAACGCGUCGUAUCGACGAUGCCCGAGUGCGCGGCGGCCAACAUCUGCUUCCCGUGCCACAUGUUCGGACGGAAGCCCCUCAACAUGCACCGCCACAUGAAGCCCAUGCCGGACUACGGGAUGCCGACGCCGGUAUACGCUCCACCCGUGUACGGCACUCCGGCGCCGAGAUGCCUGUGCACCCCUACCCCGGAGCCGGGAUGCCAGUGCCCGUCUACGACGCCGGUUUAUGGGACGCCCAUGCCGGAAUACGAGCCGCCUCCAACCCCGGAAUUCGGAACACCCACGCCGGACUGCCCUCCUGAGGCGCCGGAGGUCGGGACGCCCACGCCGGUAUACGCUCAACCCGCGGCUCCUGUGUACGGGACUCCGGCGCCAACAUGCAUGUGCUCCCCUACUCCGGAAGCUGGAUGCCAGUGCCCUACUGCAACUCCCGCGCCGGUUUACGGGACUCCGGCACCGGUUUACGGGACUCCGGCGCCGAGAUGCAUGUGCUAUCCUACUCCGGAAGCCGGAUGCCAGUGCCCGACUGCAACUCCCACGCCGGUGUACGGGACGCCGGCGCCGAGAUGCCUGUGCACUCCUACUCCGGAGCCUGGAUGUCAGUGCCCUUCUUCCACUCCCACGCCGGUGUACGGGACGCCGAUGGCUCAACCCCCUCCUCCCACGCCGGUGUACGGAACUCCGACGCCGAGAUGCCUAUGCACUCCUACUCCGGAGCCUGGAUGCCAGUGCCCUUCUCCCACUCCCACGCCGGUGUACGGAACGCCCGGGCCAGAGUACCCAGGCACAUACCCUCCUUACACGCCGGCGCCGGUGUACGGGACGCCCACGCCGGUGUAUGAACCUCCGGCGCCGGAUUACGGAGCAGCGCCGACGCCAGAGUGCCCUCCUGCCGCGCCGGAGUACGGCACGCCCAUCUACACUCCCCCGGCCCACCACUAA